AUGGCUCUCAAGAAAGACCAAUGGCAUGGCUCAUUUGAAAGAAAAAGCGUUAGCGGCUAUGAGAAAGAUUGCCUGCGCAAGGAGCACAAGGUUGGUUUUGCUAAAAAAUUGCAACAAAGCAUUUUGAUCAAUAACAUUAGAUUGGGCACUUGGAAAAUUCGACGUCUAAACUAAACUAUCAUGUCUACGAAUCAGUUGUUUUGCGUACCAGACUCAUUCGUAAAAUUCCUUUUAUAGCGCUGGGUUUGGGCUUACCGCAGAGACAGACUGCUUGUUACGGUUAACACAGACAAUGGCAUUGAACGUCAAAACUUGGCAUUCAAAUACGAUUAUUUGGUCGACUGGCAUCGUGCAUCUACUCUCAGUACAAUGUUGACAAUUCUUGUAGAAGAGUUCAUACCCGAAAGCUACGACAGGUACAAGCCUGAUAGCCAGUGGCGGCGUGAGAGUUUGUGGCGCCCGGGAGAAAAAGUAAUUUUGACGCCCCCCCCCCCAUGUGGAUUUGCAUGUGAUGUCCUGCAUUGAGCAAAUAAAGUACUCGCUGUGUAAUAAAAUGGAUCGACAAAUGUCAAAUAUGGUCCAUGAUAUAUCCACUUAUAAAAUAUACACCGUGACAGUAAUGAUAAAAGGACUUAUUUUUCACCCUGCUCGGUUUCCUUUGUUCUUAUCGGGGAAUAUAUUCAAUAUUCCACUCUAAUCAAUUUCCGUUUAAUAAUCCCCUCUAAUAUUCACCUGCAAUUAAUAAUCCCCUCUAAUAUUCACCUGCAAUGUCUUUGCAGCACAAAAAAGAGAAAAAAAACAACAUAACGAAGGCAAUAUGGCAUUAAGAAUUAUUUCUAUUCUGUCUCAUGAACGCAACCUCGCAAUGUGAAAAAUAAGUACGUUAUUUUGAGGCACCUCGGGGAUAUGUGUUUAUUCACCUCGGCGCUGCGCGCCUCGGUGAAUAAAUCACAUAUCCCCUCGUUGCCUCAAAAUAACCUAUACAUAAUUUAAACUGGUGUACUGGCGCCUGACGGCGCCCCCCUCUUCUGGCGCCCGAUGUUUAUACAGACUGUUCAACACCUUCACGAUACCAAUUACCAUAGAUCGCAGAAGAAACAUAUAACAGUCUAGCUGCUAUGCAGGCUAGAUGCCAUCAUCGGUACAGAAUGGUGGUAAUAUGAUACAUUAGAAUAAUUAAUAAGCUAAAGUCUUGAUAAAAUGCGAUCUGGGAGUACUUUAAAUUACUUCAAAUACGCCGACACCAUUACUUUUGUUUGUACACGGAAUGCUAAAUAGUAAACAUGUUUCAAAACCUUCAAGAUGUCAUCUUCAGUACAGUAUAAUAUAUGUGGUGGUAAUAUGAUCUAUAUUAUGGAUAUAGCCAAAAGUUGAAAUGUGGUGAACUGCCAAAUGUGAUGAGGUAGCUGACGUUUCGAGCGAAAGCCCUUCAUAUUCUCUGAUGAAGGGGCUUUCGCUCGGAACGUCAGCUAUCUCAACACAAUUGGCAGUUCACCACAUUUCAACUAAUGGCUAUAUACUUCACAUUGCCUAUGCAGCACCACAGCUUUUUUAUAUUAUGGAUAAAUGUGCACGAUACACAUAAUUGUAUUUUCCUAAGGUGGUAAUUGACUAACAGGGAGCAGUUGCAAAAAAUGCAACUGAUAAAGGUGUGUUUUAUGUACUAGUUAAAUAUGAGCGGCUGAUUUGUAUGGGCAAUUACAAUGGCGAGCCGAAGGCGAUCUUUGUAAUUGCCCAUACAAAUCAGACGCGAAUAUUUUAACAUACUUAAAAAAUGAACAAUAGAGUAAAGCUUAUUAGUAUAUUUUUAACUUUUAUAAAAAUCAAUUAUAUGAAGUAUUUAAAGUGCGACCAAUAGCGUUUUAUCAUAUUUAAAAUGCAAGUCGCAUGUACGCAUUUGUAUACCCCAAUUAGGCAAUAAAGGUCAACUUCCCGGUCAGCUAAUCUUUAAUUAACAGAGUUAAGAAUUACUAAUUAGUCUUCAAAAACUCAAUAAUUCAUAGAAAUCAUUGAUAAUAAUAUCACGUGCAUGCAUGGGUUUUAUAUCUGACAAAAGGCGAGCUCAUUGGUAUUCUUUAUAUAAAAUUGCCUCCUAAUUAGUAUUCUUUAUAUAAAAUGUUCUACUAUUUUCUUUAAGUGUCAUUUGCGUGGUCAGUAUUAAUUAACCUCUAAUUAGAAAGGCGGUAAUUAUCAACCUAUCUCCAUUAUCUCCGCAAUUGUCAAGGUUUUUGGUAGGUUUGUGUACAAGAGACCUUAUCAACAUUUGAAAAGAACGAUCAAUUGAACACAUGGUGGUAACAUGAAAAAUUUCCGGGAAGAACAGCAAAUAUAAAUUUCCGUUCCUGCCUUCUUGAUAGCGUGCUUUGGUCUUCCCCAAUGGCCCCGAAUACCGACAUCUCAAAAAAGGCUGACGAUAUAUAGGUUAUAUAUGAGGCGGGGGGGGGGGUGUGGCGGGCGCCAGUAAAAGCUGUCAAGAAUAGAGAAUAGAAUUACACGGUCGCUUGAGGGUAUGGAUUUAAUUUUCUCGUGUCAAAAACAAAUAUUUCACCACACGAACAUAAAAUUCAUGUCUUCGAGCCGUCGUGUCAUAUCCUCUAAAUUUCAUAUAUAGUCAAUUAAUCUUAUGUACUUUUUAAUGCAGGUAUGUCGAAAACAACGCUAAAUCAUCCAGUCAAUACCGCCAGUAUAAUCAGACAAUACCGCGGUAUCUGCAUAAUCGCCCGCCAUGUGUUGUUGAUCAUUGCAUGGAAAGAUUACAAUUUGCAUAUGAUAUUAAAGAUGAAUGCGUUAAAAUCGUAGAUCAACAAAGAUUUCUGUUCCUCGUUAAAAGUCAGGACAUCAACAGACCAGAUCUGUGGUAUAAUGUAUCGUUUGGUAUCGAGACAAUGCCAUCCUGUGGGAUUGGGAAAGAAAUCGACUUCCUUGCAAACACUUUCUGGCUGUAUUUUCACAUUACACUAAUUGUGGAUUUGAUCAGUUAUCUUCAGUCUAUAAAGAUUCGCCAUUUCUUACUCUGGACCAAGAUGUGGUCUUUCGAGGCAAAGCCGUUCCUAGUUUCCAAGAGAUCCAAGGCCAAGAAGAAAUGGAACUGCCAAAAAUACCUGCAAUUUGUGAAUGUAAUACGUCAAAGUUAAUGACUUCACUCGAAACAUCCAAACAACAAGGCAGUAUAAAUUUAAUUGCUUAUUUUUUGUUAAUUUUUCUGUAUAAAUAUAAUGAUUUUAUUAUGAAUUCCUCGUUAAACACGAUUAUAUCUGUAAUUACUAAUAUAUUUCUCAGAAUGUUAUUACAUGCAUAAUUUUUAUCCAUAUAAAUUGGAAUUUUUAAUUUUUAAUUUUAAUUUUUAGGCAGCAUAAAUUGGAAUGCAAAAUGUAAGGAAGGAGUAAAGCAAAUAACGUUGUUACUUCACGUCGUCGACGAUAACGAUGCCCUGAAGGAUGCAUACUCUUUGGUUACUAGUUGUAUUGAAGUGCUGAACAGAGCUACUAAUAAGGAAGAAGGACUUAUUUUCGAGAAAGGUGGAGAGAGUUCAAAAACUCAUGGUCAAAAGAAGUAUUUGCAGACUAAACACUUCAAGGACCUUCCUAAACCAAGACGGAAGGGGAAGACAUCAUGUCAUGUUGGAAUCAAAGCAGAGGAACUAAAGCGAAAUUUGACUAUACAAGAUAUUGCAGACCAGGAAGAUCAAACUCCUAAGAAAAAGUGUUGCACCGUUAUAGAGACAGAAAUUGCUCCCUUGGAUUUAUCGCACAAAAACAAAAUAUGA